AUGAAUACAUCUCAACUUCAGCAAGACGUUCACAAAAUUCCGUUGACUGAUCUCUUUCAACGCUUUCACACCAAUCCUCUCACUGGUUUGUCGAAUAGUUGUGUACGUGAAGUAAAAGCUCACUACGGUAGGAAUAGUAUUGCACCGCCGAAACGAGCAGUUUACAACUGGCUUCUAUUGAAACGAUUGAUCACACCUUUCAGUUUGGUUCUUUGGCUAGCUGGUAUACUGGCAAUUCUCGCCUACAAGCCGCUCGGAGCAUCGACACCGUCGAUUACAACUUUGGGAGUUGGCAUCGUCAUUUUCCUCGUGGUCAUCUGCAAUGCUAUUCUGAACGUUUAUCAACGAGUGAAAUCGAUCAAGAUUGUCGCGUCGUUCUCAAAAUUAUUGCCGACUGGUGCGACAGUUCGACGCGAUGGGAUUGAACAACAGAUUAAUGUUAGCGAGAUCGUUCCAGGUGAUAUUAUUUUAAUACGAACGGGCGAUAAACUACCAGCCGACUGUCGUUUCUUCGUUUGCAAUGAACUCGAAAUAAGCACAUCGGACAUGACUGGCGAAUCGAAGCUUAUUACAACCACGGUUCAAUCGACCAACGACAAUUUCAUGGAAUCUACGAACAUCGGAUUUUAUUCAUCUUUCGUGGUGCAAGGUGCAGGCGAAGCAGUCGUUAUCGCGAUAGGUGAAAAUACUGUUCUGGGCAAAAUGUCUCGAAUAACACAAAACAAUCAUGACGAUAGAACCACAGAUUUGGAUCGCGUUGUCAAUCGUUUGGUCCUACACAUUGUCAUCGCUGCUAUCAUCUGUGUCAUCUUUCUAUGGAUCACGUGGGCAGCAUGGCUUAGAUAUGCUCAUCCCGCUCUUGUGUCUGUAUCUGACAAUGUUUUAAAUUCAGUUGGUUUAAUUAUUAGUUUCUUACCUUUUAAUCUGGCAUCAGCGAUUACUAUCGUAUUAACAAUAGUGGCUAAACAAUUGUAUCAACAGCGCAUAUUAGUCAAUAGUUUGCAAAUUGUUGAGAAGUUCAAUUCGGUUUCGGUGAUUACAACAGACAAAACGGGCACGUUAACAGAGAGUAAAAUGACAGUCACCAAUAUACUUUGGGACAUAGAUGGUGAAUAUAGAAUUAUUCAAGAAGAUGAUCAAAUGGCGCAGACAUUGACACCAUCAAGGAUCCAUUGCAUGACGACAAGAAGAGUAUCUCCACUAGUAGACAAACGCUCGCCUGACUUGAAAAUGGGAGCAUUGGCUGAUCUUUUACUGGGUGCUGCUUUAUGCAAUGAUGCUAGCACACAUCUCGUAAACGAUACAUCGGCAACGAAUGCGGACUUACGGCUCGUUGGUAAUCCUGUCGAUACAGCUUUGUACAAUCUAUGCGUUUAUCAUUAUCAUAUGGAUAUCAAUGAAAUACGUUGUUUGAAUGCACGUAUAAAAACGUUCGCAUUCAAUUCAACGAAUAAAUUUAUGAUUUCGGCCAAUCGAGUUGAACUGUCCGAUGGUGAACGCAUGGUUCUAGUGACAAUGAAAGGUGCGUCGGACAAUACACUGCAACGAUGCUCAUCAUAUAAAACGAGGAAUAAUCAAAUUUUACCAUUAACACCUGAGAUAAGAGAAAAACUAUGCCACCGACAAGAACGAUUAGGUAACAAUAGUCAUCGUGUGAUUGCUAUGUGUCAACAAACGUUCACUCAAGUGGAGUACGAUUAUAUGAUGCAACAGUACGAAGUACGCCGUCGUUUUCGAACCGCCAGUGACGAAGAUCUGAACGGUUUUCCAACAAAUAAGUAUUGUUUUAUUGGCUUCUUUUCAUUAUUUGAUCCACCUCGUGCCGAUGUGUCUGAUUCGAUUCUGAAAAUUCGUGCCGCACACAUUCGUGUAGCGAUGAUUACGGGCGAUCAUCCAACAACGGCGAAAGCGAUCAGCAAACAAGUGAAUAUCUUAUCAUCAGAAAUCUCGAAAACGAACGGCAUCGAUACAUUCAAAAUCGAGCAAAACGAACAAAAACAAUCGAUUUUCCAACUGUAUCGUAACGAAACAUUUUUGCAAUGCCAUGCCACUGAUACAUUGUUAUCAUUGACUGUUGAAAAUAACAACGACGACGUUUCCAGCAAGAUACCAUGGUAUAGGCAAUGGCAUUCAUCACCACAUGCGAAACAGCGCACAAUUCCCUAUGCAGUUAUCGUGAACGGUUCUCAAAUUGAUUACAUGGACGAGUUCAUGUGGAAUUGGGUAUUGUCACAUGAAGAGCUAAUCUUUGCUCGAACGUCACCUGAACAGAAAUUGCGUAUCAUCGUGGAAUUCCAACGACGAGAGGAAAUAGUCGCGGCUGUCGGUGAUGGAACUAACGAUGCACCAUCACUGAAAUGUGCUGAUAUCGGCAUUGCCAUGCAAUCAGGUGCCAACGUUUCGAAAGAAGCGAGCGAUAUGAUUCUAGUAGACAAUCGCUUUUCGUCCAUCAUCUUAGCAAUUGAAACUGGCCGCGUCCUGAGCGAUAAUCUAAAAAAAGUCAUCAUGUACUUACUACCAGCAGGUACUUGGUCAGAACUUUGGCCGGUGAUUUUCAAUAUUUGGCUUGGCAUUCCAUUGUCUCUUUCAGCAUUUCUAGCUAUAAUGCUAUGCAUGUUGAAUGAUAUGAUCAUUUCACUUGCUAUGGUGACCGAGAAACCUGAAACAGACGUCAUGUCCCAACAUCCGUCGUCGAAAAAGAUCAAUUCUCUAGUUAAUUGGAAAUUAAUCGUGCAUGCAUAUCUCUUCGUCGGCAAUCUUGAAUGUUUUGCUGCAUUUUUCUGCUAUUGUUACUAUUGGAUCGACAAUGGAGUAUCAUUCUAUUCGUUUCUAUUCGCCUAUGAAAAUUUCGGUGGCAAACCUCCAACAACACUGGAUUCAAAUGAUUUACACGGCAUGGUCAACGUCGCUCAGUCGAUCUAUUAUUGUGCCUUGUGUACUCUUCAAAUUUUUAAUUUCUUCGCUACACGAACACGAUAUGCAUCAAUUUUUCAACAGAAUCCUAUUUGGGGCGAACGUCGAAAUUUGUAUGGAUUAGGCGGCAUAGCCAUGUCGGUUGUUGUUCAGUUGAUUCUCACACAAGUGCCUUGGUUCAAUCAAAUAUUUUUCACUGCACCCGUACCAGUCAAAUAUGUCUUACCUGCAGUUGGCUUUGGUUUUCUUUGGUUAGUCAUUGAUGAACUACGAAAACUCUGUGUCCGUCAAUAUCCUCAUAGUAUUGUCGCGAGAAUUGCUUGGUAG